AUGGCGCCUAUCGCCCAUAUCGAGUAUUUUCGGGUCCCCCCACGAUGGUUGUUUGUCAAGAUCACCGAUGGCGAUGGCAACACCGGCUGGGGUGAAGCCUCGCUUGAAGGUCACACGGAGGCAGUUGAAGGCUGCUUGGAUGCCUUCGCGGCUCGCUUUUACGGCCUGGAUGCCAAUGCGAUUGAGCAUAUCUGGCAGAAUGGCUAUCGCAUGGGAUUCUAUCGCGGAGGACCGGUCCUGAUGAGUGCCUUGGCCGGAAUUGAUAUUGCCCUUUGGGAUCUCAAAGCGCGCCGACUGGGGUUGCCCAUCUACGAACUCCUGGGCGGCAAAGUUCGGGACCAAUUGCGAGUAUACGCCUGGGUUGGAGGCGACCGACCGGGGGAUGUUGAGGUGCAAGCACGCGCACGAAUCACGCAGGGGUUCAAGGCGAUCAAGAUGAACGCUACCGAGGACCUGGGUUGGUUAGACUCCCCUCACACACUGGAUGCAUCGGUCGAGCGUCUCAAGACUGUCAAGGCACUUGGCCUAGACGCUGGCGUAGACUUCCACGGGCGCGUGCACAAGGCGAUGGCCAUCCAGUUGGCCCACAAGCUCGCCCCGCACGAGCCACUGUUCAUCGAGGAGCCCCUCCUGUCCGAGCACCCGGAGUCAAUCGCCGCCCUGUCCAAGCUGGUGCCCAUCCCCAUUGCGCUGGGGGAGCGCCUGCACAGUCGGUGGGACAUCAAGCCGUUCCUGGAAUCUGCAUCGGUCAGUAUUCUCCAGCCGGAUAUCUGCCAUGUGGGUGGCAUUUCGGAGCUGCGUCGGAUGGCUACCAUGGCGGAGGCCUACGAUGUGGCCGUGGCUCCUCACUGUCCGCUGGGUCCCAUUGCCCUCGCGGCCAAUUUGCAGCCUGGGGAUCACUACAACCACGGCUCGGCGGAUAUUGGCACGUAUGUCAAGAAUCCUGAAGUCUGGACGGUGCACGACGGCCUGAUUCGGUUGAUGGAUGGUCCCGGGCUGGGGAUCGAGCUGGAUGAAGAAAAGAUCCGGGUUGCAGCGGUGGAUGCAGCUGCCUGGCGAAGUCCGAGCUUUCAGGGUCCCGGGGGAGAAUGGCGAGAAUGUCAGGAUGAUAGAAAGAAGCUACGCUGCUCAGGGACGCUGCCAUGUUCCCUCUGUCAGCGUACCGGCAAACCAUGCGACUACACAGCCGAGUACAACCGGGGAAAGCUCCCCCCCAUUCCCCUUCGUGAACAGCCCAAUACUCUUCCCAGGACAGAGACCACCACCACCACCAACUUCCCCCUCGAAUCGCCAGCCUCGCCAGUCAGAGAGAAUGGCUUUGUGAAUGAGGCUCCCUCUCGCGGCUCUCCUGAAGCACAUCAGACCGACAUGGAAGGUCACUAUGUUGGGCCUUCGUCAGGGGUCUCCUUUCUGAUUCGAGCCCAGAAGAGACUGCAAGAGCAGAUCUCCCUCCCGAUCAAUGCCCCCAUUUUCAGUUUUGGUGACGCCCCUUUGUCAAAGCUAGACCUGGCUUUUCUCCUGCUUCCGCCUCGGUUCGAAGCCGAUAUCCUCAUUGCUCGAUACUUUGAUUUCGCUUUUCCGACCCACCGCUUUCUCCAUCAGGCUCAAGUGGAGGGCUGGGUCUCCGAGUUCUAUGGCCCCCUGCAGGACUCGGCGGUGGCGGGGCCCGGCAAGCGCGCCAUUCGUGCCUUGGUUUUGAUGGUUCUGGCCCACGCGAAGCAGUGUUUACCAGAGUCCGACCAAGGGAUCGGAGCGUCAGUCAACGGCACGGUCUACCUGACAGCAGCUGAGCAUCAUCUGGCCGCCGAGACCGGCCCGGUGCGCUUGACGAGCGUGCAGGCCCGCUUGGCUCAGUGCUUCUACCUCCUGUCGCAGUCUCGCAUCAAUCAUUGUUGGAGUCUAUUCGGGACGACCGCUCGUCUGGCCAUUGCCAUUGGCCUUCAUCGAGUGCGCAGGAGAGACCGAGGAUCGGGCUUCGAUUACGUGGAGGGGGAAUGCCGAAAGCGCGUCUUUUGGUGUGCGUAUAGUCUCGAUAAUUAUCUCAGUGCGGCCUUGGGCCGUCCACGCAUCUUUCAUGACGAUGAUAUUGACCAGGAGCUUCCCGCGGUCGCAAACGACAGCCACAUUCUAGCCGACCAAAUCCUGCCGGCGACGACAUCAGCUCAGAGCAUUAUGCUGGCCCCUGUCUAUCAUGCCAAGCUGUCCGUCAUUAUUGGGGGCAUUCUACAUGAUGUCUACGGGCCCCGUCGGGCCAGCGGGCAGGUGGAAGCCGCAGCGGCCGUCAAGUACGGGGCCUGUCUGUCUCGCUGGCGUCAGGAGCUAUCGGGAUUCCUCGAUGUAGCAAACGUGGAUCUGCUCAUGCUGACCUAUCAACGACAGUAUACCGUUCUCAAUCUCGCUUUUUACCAUGCCCAGGUUCUACUAUACCGACCAUUCAUUCUGAAAGACUUUGGUCACUCCACCGUUCCCCGCCCUCAGAAUGAUAAAUCAUUUGAAUUGGUCCGAAAGUACACUGGACUGUGCCUGGAGGCAGCCAUGAAGAUCGCGGCAAUUGUCCGUGAGCUAUGCGACCGGGGCAGGAUGUAUUCUACGUUUUGGUUUACCCAUUACUACACCUUUUCCGCGAUUGUGGUUCUCUACGUCCAGGUGGUCCAGGGCUCUACACAAGUGGAUCGACCGGACCGACUGGACGGUUACCUUCGAAUUGCCGAGCAAGCCCAGCGGGAUCUUGCCCUCUGCGGCUCGCGCUCCUCGUUUGCACAGCGCUACGUGCUAGUCCUCGAGGAACUUCGGAAAGAAGCUCGAACGGCGAUCGGCCAUACUCGAUCGGGGGUACUAAGAAGCGGAACUGUCUUCCCAUCUGCUCUGGGCCCAUCUCCACCCCAGCACGGACAUGGCAGCACCGGACCCGAUGGAGCCACAAAAGCCAGUGCGAGUCAAGCUUUGUUCAGCCUUCAACCUGUGCAGACCGGAGCAAGGACUUCAGACAAUCAGUGGAUGGACGUGACCUCUGUGCACCUCCAUUCGCAGCCCUCUCACGGAAACCCUACGAAUGAUGGACUCUCUGGGACGGGAAUUAUGAAUGUUGCGGACUGGGAAGCCUUGGACUCCCUAGCAGUUGCUGGACUAGGGGAGCUGGACUAUCUCUUUCCUUUGGAUGGCCUCCAAGAUGCCUAGGCUCUAGGCAAGCCGACUGCAGAGACCCAUUCAAUAUUAAGCUUCAAUUGACUGAUCCCAGAGUACAGGACAAUUCAGAAAGGGAUUAAAUGAAUCUUGCGACUUGCUCAAGCUAACAAGAGACCUUUGAGUAAGACUACUAGUCCAGCAGCCCCGGGAUCAGGAACUUCGCGCCAACCUUGCUCGUGGACAUAGACAGCGCGCCCCAGCGAAGCUCGCAUUCCUUGCGUUCGAUCCCGCCCAGACUGGGCGGCUAUCAGAGCCGCAUCUGUGGAUUCGCCCGCUUGCAGCGCUCUGAUGAACGGCUCGAGCGCAUCCAUCAAAGUCCGGUCACCUACUCGGGCUGGAGUGGCGCGCUGCAG